UUUAGAAACAGCUCCAAAACAGCGCCGGUGGGUGUUGGGUCCUGGGUAUUGAAGUUCACUUCAAAGUGCGCACAAGCGCAUUUUAAGCGCACAGAGUCAUGUCUUUAACCAGCUCCUUUGCCACCCCGUUACUUUUGCUUUUAUGUGUUGUUUUAUUCUCAGUUACUGAUGCAGAAGAAUGCGAAGUGUGUGUGGGGUUUUUGGGGCGGCUUUAUAACUCACUGGUGCUCAGACACACAGAAUUGUCCCCAGAGCUGGUGGAGGAGGGUCUGAUCAGAGCCUGCGCUGAGACUACUGGGAAAGAGAAUCGACUCUGUUAUUACCUGGGAGCCUCCAAUGAUGCUGCAGCCAAAGUGACAGGUGAGGUGAGUCGCCCCCUCAGCGCACAUGUUCCUGUCCACAAAAUCUGCCAGCGACUUCAGAGUAGGGAUGGCCAGAUCUGUGAGCUCAGAUACGAGCGUCCGGUUCUCGACUGGAGCAGGGAUGCUUUGUCUAAAAUGCGAGUGUUGGAGCUGAAGAGACUCUUGGCCUUGUGGGGGGAGGAGUGCAGAGCCUGUCUGGAGAAGAGUGAAUUUAUUGAUCUCAUCCAGGAGGUGGCCCCCAAACACAGCACAGCGCAGCACAGAAUGCACUCGGAAGAGUUCUGAGGGCCUCCUUGUGCAGCUCCGUGUUGGGGACACACUGCAGUGAUGGGAGGGGCUGCACGUGCAGCUGCGCUCAGGGACACUUUUGAUAUUGCUCUGAGACUCCUAACUUGUAAUGCUUUUCAUAAUCUUAGUUACGAGUAUCCGUGUACAAUAUGUGCGCAUUUCCUCAGAGUCUCAUUCUCCUGUACCACUGUAAGCAUUUUCUCCCGCACACUCAGAAUAAACCAUUAAGCUUUA